GUUGAGUUUAUAGUAUAUUGUUUAAUAUAAGGUGUACACUAUUUGGUUUUCGAUUAUUCUAUACGUGUACUUCCUGUUUCAUUUUACGAGAUGGCUUCGAAAAAGACCGGCUUGAUGGACAAAUGGAAAGCAGAUGAUAAGCCUGUGAAGAUAGAUAAAUGGGACGGUUCUGCUAUAAAAAAUGCAUUAGAUGAUGCUGCUAAAAAGGUGAUGACAGACAAUUUUGGUUUCACAGAAGAACAUAGAUUGAUGGACCUACGUUUACUGAUUUGUACUGUAGCUGUAGGAUUUUCUCUCUUUGCCCUUGUAUGGGACUACAUCAGACCGUUUCCAGAAUCUCGACCAAUUCUCAUCAUUUGUGUUCUAUCAUAUUUCAUGCUGAUGGGAGUUUUGACAUUAUAUACCACUUACAUGGAACAGAAUAUUUUCUUGGUAGCAGCAGAUAAAGACAAAGCAGGAUUAGAACCAGAUGAUAAAUGGGAGUUAGCCUCAACUUGCAAAAAGUACACUCACCUGUAUAAACUGAAAAUGACAUUUACCAAUGGAAAAACAGGCCUUUGCAGAUCAGAAGAAAUAGAGAGACCAGUCAACAACUAUUUUGAUGAAGAGGGCACUUUAUUAUUUAAACUGUUUGAACCUGAAGUUAGAACACUGCAAGGCAGAAUAGCUGCUGCAUCCAAAAAAGAAUGACACAUUUUGUUAUAAAUUUUCAUUAAUUGUUGGUGUCUUGAGUGCUAUAUGAAAAAGUAAAGUUUUAAAUUAUGAUGUUCAGAAGUUGGAGUAAUGUUAUGAAGAAAAAUCAGAUUUGACUAGUCAUUUCUUUAGAAAAUAUUUUAUUUAAUCAUUUCAUGUUAUGUAAGAAAAUGUAAAUUUAUAUUUUGAGAGUAAGAUGUUACCAUAAUUCAUUAUAUCUGUUAUUCACUGUUAAAAAGAGAAAAUUUCAAGCAGCUUAAUUUAUUGCCAUUGAACAUGCUAACUCCAUGUGACAAAGUUAGUUGUACCAACUGUCUUAUUAUUUGAAACCAGUCUAAAACCAAUUCAAAAUUUAGUUAUGAAAAUGGAACUGAAAACAACAUUGUACACUGUAAAUGAAUAUAAUGCAAAAGAAUAAUAAAAAAAAAAUACUGUGUUUAAUUAUCUCCCCUUUGAAUUGACAUGUUUUGUACAAAAAGUGUUCCUGAUAAAAUCACAGAUAAUGUCAAAUAAGUCUACAAUGGUAGCUUUAUUUCACCCUUUGAAUACCAGUGCCAUUAUUGUUUUUAAAAAAACAACAUUUUAUUCUAUAUGCCAUGGAGGCUGUACAAAAUUGUGAAUUAAAUUUUCAUUCAGUAGUAUGGAGGUGCAACAACAUAUAAUUCUUGUAUUAUGUUUUUAAAAAAGAAUCUGUUAUUAGUGGUUUUGAAGUUAACUUGGUCAUUAGAAUGAUUUUUUAAAAGAAGCUUUAUUCUAGUAUUGAAUUUUGUCAACAACUCCAGAGUGUCAAUGUUUUGUUGUUAUUAAUUCCUAUAAUUACAAAAAUAUUUUUUUGCUUAAAUUAUUUUGCAUUUUAUGUGACCAAAUUGUUCACCUUUUUCUGUACCUAUCCUAGUCCUUAUACUUAUUUGAAUUUGUUGUUGCUCUUAAAUCAACAAUUACUUUACAAAUUUUACAAUAAAUUGCUGACUGAUACAUUUGUUUAAGGGAGUAUGUCAUGGAUUGUAAUCUUAUGACAGAAAUUACUCUAUUCUGUGCCUUCUUAUGUUGUAUGUGCAUAUUAUAAUUCUAUAAUUAAAAAAUUUUUAGGAGGUGCUUUUAAUAGUAAGAACAUUUUGUACCUUUGUUGUAAAACAUUUUGUAAAACUUCUUGGUUAAGGAAUAAAUGUAUAUAAAAAUGA